CGCCCAAUUGACCACCUCUCAACACAUUUCCCCACUCCAAGAACCCUCGCGCGCGCGAAGACUCCUACCAUGUCGCAAUACGGCUAUGGAAAGAACCCUCAGUAUGGCGCAGGUAAUGCGCAAAACCUCCAGUUCUACUCCUCGUCCUUUUCGAAUCAACCAGUAUCUGGACAUUCGACACCGUUCCAAGCAAACUAUGGCGCAUCGACAAGUCAGGCAUAUCCGCCUCAAUAUGGCGCGGGAUUUUCAGCUCCCCAAGUGAGCGGGCAGAUGGGCGUGGGCAGCUCAGGCCUACGCACAGGAUGGCUGGCGGCGUUUGGCACAGAGGGAUACGAAGGAGAACCACCGCUACUGGAAGAGCUAGGAGUCAACUUCAAACACAUACAGAUGAAGACUUUGGCCGUCUUGAACCCUUUUGGCCGCAUCGACCAGCACAUUAUGGAUGACAGCGACGUGGCAGGCCCUAUCCUGUUCUUCUUGAUAUUCGGCACAUCGUUAUUAUUAUCUGGAAAGCUCCACUUCGGUUACAUCUACGGAUUGGCGUUUGUUGGCACUAUCCUGCUUCACCAAAUCCUUUCACUCAUGUCGCCGUCUGUCAAUGCAGUUGAGGCGACGCCUGGAGACCACAGCCACUCGCAUGGCUCACACCUAGGCUCCUCGCUGACAUUCCCGCGAUCCGCAUCUGUCCUGGGUUAUUGCCUGCUCCCCCUUGUCUUGGUAGCCAUAUUCGGCAUUUUCGUACCGCUUGACGGACUAUUCGGCUACCUCCUUACGAGUCUGGCGAUCACAUGGUGUGCCUACAGUUCGAGUUCCAUGUUCACUGUUGUUGGUCGCAUGACAUCAAUGCGAGGUUUGGUGGCAUACCCCAUGAUUCUUUUCUAUGGCAGCUUUGGCAUCAUGGCCAUCUUCAGCUCUCGAGGCACUGGGCAGCUAGCAAAGGUAGCGGGGUCAUAGAGGAACGCGGACCAUGAGAGCUCAGAUGUUGUGACCCGAAAUGUGUAAAACAGACCUUGCGUGCAUACGUCAUCCAUGAAGACCAAUCAAUUUAAC